AAUAUACCCCGCCUCUAUUGAUUUCAAAUAGGGUCAGACAUCUACAAACCGCGGCCAGUAGCAACAAAUCUUCUACAUCAUGGCAUACAUGUCUCGUACUGCUUCCAUGCUCCCUCCCGGAUCCUCGGCCACAUCCUCGUUUCGUCAGCCAAACCAACAAUCUACAACAAUCUCACAGCAACAGUCUUCGGUCCUAGCAUCCCGCAUUGCAGCAAAAAGGGCUGAACUAGACAAUCUGAGGCAGCUUCGUGAUAUGAGUGCAGCACUGGCCUCGCAGAUGCAGGCUUUACAGGACAAGCUUGGGACCCUCAAGGAUGGCACAGAAGCUGUCGCGUGUGUCCUUGCAAACUGGGAUAAUGUACUGCGGGCCAUCAGCAUGGCCUCGACGAAAGCCGCGAACUUGAACUCACCGAUGGAACACACGCCAGAUUCAACUACCAAAAGACUACCGAAUGGCUCACCUAUGCCUGCUACCCUGGUACGGAUCCCCGUCCCAAAGCAGGAAGAGCCUCCUAGCCAGUGAAUCACUGUGUACAAAAUAUUGGCUCUUGGCUCGGGACAUGCAUAUUAUGCAUCCACAGACGUCCUUUGGCAGGUAACCCAAUGCCUGUGAAUGAGGUCAGACU